AUGUGGCGCUACAUGAAUAGAGUCCAGCAAUCAUUCAAGUGGUAUGGACCCUCUGCCAUUCCGCUGUUUAUUUUCGGUAGCCGCACUACUUGGUGUAUGCAGGCAAAAGUUCUUGGCUUCUGUUGUUGCUCAAAUAGCCAUGACUGGGCUAUUACUGGAGCUUUCAAAUCAGAAAAAUUGUCUAACAAAGGCCUCUUUUGUCCUGAGCUUGAUAUUUGCCAUCCUAGCUGUGUUUACUGCCAGCUGUCUGCAGCGUAG